UGUGCAAGAAGUCAGGACUCGGCUCCUCUCUGAACCAAGUUUGUCCCUGCUGGUGCCAACGCCCGGCGAAACAAACAACUAACUUGCCCACGGUUGGAUACAGCUAUCGAAAUUGCCAGCAGCAGCAAGAAGGCACAGAGAUGCAGACCAUCAAGUGUGUGGUGGUGGGUGAUGGAGCCGUGGGAAAAACCUGCUUACUGAUUUCRUACACCACCAACAAGUUCCCAUCUGAAUACGUACCAACAGUGUUUGACAACUAUGCAGUAACUGUAAUGAUUGGGGGUGAACCGUACACCCUUGGCUUAUUUGACACAGCAGGUCAGGAGGAUUACGACAGGUUACGACCACUAAGCUACCCUCAGACGGAUGUCUUCCUAGUCUGUUUUUCGGUCGUUUCWCCUUCCUCGUUUGAGAAUGUCAAAGAAAAGUGGGUCCCUGAAAUUACCCACCACUGUCCCAAGACCCCAUUCCUGCUUGUAGGCACUCAGAUUGACCUCCGUGACGACCCCUCCACCGUGGAGAAGCUGGCUAAGAACAAACAGAAACCGAUCACCCCUGAGACGGCAGAGAAGCUGGCUCGUGACCUGAAGGCAGUCAAAUAUGUUGAGUGCUCAGCCCUAACUCAGAAAGGAUUAAAGAAUGUGUUUGAUGAGGCAAUCCUGGCCGCCCUGGAGCCUCCCGAACCUAAGAAAAGACGUAAAUGUGUUCUGCUCUAAGAUUCCUCUUCGUUUUCUUCGGACCAUUUUUCUUUCCGUAUCUWGGUUAACAGUACUGAAAUGUUUUGUUUCCUCUGCACAAAGCACAUUCCAAGUAUUCCAAGUACCAUGUAGAGCCUAAGCUGGUAAAGACAGCUUAUUAGAAACUCAUUGUUUUGUAAUUCGUAGAGGUCAUUUCAAAUUUGUUCUUCCAUCGUCAGCRUUUACAGUAGCAAUAAAACUCUUCAUGUCCUGAGUUUAAAGGACUUGUUUCAAAAUAGGCUUCAAAAUGUAUUUAAUGCUCUUUAAUCRUUCUGGAUGAUGCACCAUCUUUACUCUACUGUAGUUUAUAAAGACAGAACCUGAAAGGACAACAUGAACAGUGGGACAUUUUAGGCCUUACAGAAUUUGAGAAAUGUCUUAAUAAAAUUUGAUGUAUAACAAUGUAAGCAUUGAGCUUAGGCCUUAAAUCGCUGUUUUAAAAUAAGCAGAUUACUUAAAUAUCCUGUUAUGAUCGUUUGCAAGAAUCUAGUACAAGUUUUACAUUUUGACUGAAAGAUGCAUCUGCUUUUAACUCCAGGUGUAUGAACUGAAACCUGAACACUUGUGUUGCAUCAUUAACAGUUUCAGGUCUUGUAGGAUUUAAGAAAAACCUGUUAAAAUGACUGAAUGGUUUCCUUUUUUUUUACAAUAUUCAUGCCAACUGUGAGGGGGGAGGACUGAUUUGUACAUAUAGUGAGAAUAACUUAUUUACUUUGUGAAAUUUGUGCAUUACUAAUAAGGUUUAGAGGAUGAAAGCAAAUUAACUUGCAAAAUCUUGGAGUGUUUUCCUUUUUAUUCAGUUUGAUAUGGUUGUACUGUAUCUUGUAAUAAACAAUAAACCAGUAUUAYGAUUAAAGCUUUAAA